AUGGCCAAGACAAAGGGCCUGCAAUCCAAAGAGCCAUUCUUUGGCUUGACGGGGGGAUGGCUCACCUUCUGGAUAACCGUUGCAUGUGCAACGGACAUGACACUUUUUGGCUAUGAUCAAGCUGUAUUCAGUGGCGUCAUUGUCACGGAUGAUUUCCUAGUGCUCCAUGGCCUUACUGGUGAUGGCAGUACCGAAAUUAUUUCAACCAUGAGUGCUAUUUACGCAGUUGGCUGCUUCUUUGGUGCAGUUAUUGCUUUCACUGUGGGCGAACGUCUGGGUCGGAAAAAAGCUGUUCUCCUCGGAACCACCAUCAUGGCUGUUGGCGCUAUUCUUCAAGCCUCUUCCUACAGUGUACCUCAGAUGUUUGUUGGUCGUGUUAUCGCCGGCAUUGGCAACGGGAUCAAUACCGCCACAGCUCCUGUUUGGCAGACUGAAACAGCCAAAGCGGAAUGGCGCGGAAAGCUCGUGCUUUUAGAAAUGUGGAUGAAUAUUGCCGGCUUCUCGCUCGUCAACUGGAUCAACUAUGGUUUAUCCUACGCUGGCGGCUCCGUUGCUUGGCGUUUCCCGCUCGCCUUUCAGUUCUUCUUCAUCUUCAUUCUGUGGGGCACUGUUCCAUGGCUGCCCGAGUCUCCGCGAUGGCUUAUUGCCCACGGCCGCAGCGACGAGGCCGUGCCUAUUCUGGCCUGUCUGGAGGCUAAACACGUCGAGGACCCGUAUGUCCUUACGCAGCUUCAAGAGAUUGAGUACAGCGUCAAUUAUGAAAAGGAACAUGCCAUCAAAUGGCGAGACUUGAUUUCAGGUCGGAACGGAGAUGAUCACAGUACAAAGACUCUCCGUCGCCUCAUCCUCGGUGCAGGGACACAAUUGAUGCAGCAAUUUGGUGGUAUUAACAUCAUGUCUUAUUAUCUACCAACUGUGUUCAUUGAAGUGAUCGGCCUUUCAAACGAAAUGUCGCGCCUUCUAGUCGCUAUCAACUCCGUCACCUAUCUCAUAUUUUCGUUCGUUGCCGUUACGCUCGUGGAACGACUCGGCAGGCGAGCCUUGAUGCUACUGUCGACCGCUGGGCAGUUUGUCGCAUUCUUGGUCAUCACCAUCCUCCUACGCUUUGCUUCGGUGUCUACAAAUAGUGAAGAGCUCGGAAAGGCAGCCAUUGCUUUCUUCUUCCUCUACUACAUUGCUUUUGGUUUGGGUAUGUUGGGAGUGCCAUGGCUCUACCCUACUGAGAUCAACUCCCUACCAAUGAGAACCAAAGGCGCGGCCGUUGCUACUUGCACAAACUGGAUCACCAAUUUUGUCAUUGUGGAAAUUACUCCUAUUGGGAUCCAAAAUAUCGGCUGGCAAUUCUGGAUUGUCUGGACCGUCUUCAAUGCUGUAUUCUUGCCCAUCAUCUACUUCUUCUACCCAGAGACAUCAAACCGCAGCCUCGAAGACCUAGACGACUACUACCGAUCAAACCCGACCCUCAUUGUUACAGCCGACCGCGAUGCCGUAAGCGCAAAACGUCCACAGAAAUACAUUACUCGCGAGGAAGAAGAGGUGGUUCAAAAUCGUCGUCAGAGUGUGCGUUCGACCAUGGAUGCAACGCCCGAAAAGGUCUAA